AUGAUCCGGUCACUUCGCUUCCAGUCGUCGAUCCUCCGCUCUGUCCGCUACUCGUCCACUGCUACACCCGGCUUCCCACCGCUGUUUACAACGAUAAAAGCAGACUUGAAGAAUGCCAUGAGGGCAAGAGACACAGUCAGACUUGACGUCCUACGCGGAAUCAUAGCAGAAGUGAACAACGCUGCCAAAACACCAAAACCCGUCGAGACCGACCUUCAGCUCCUCGAUAUCCUCCGCAAGCGUUCCUCCAAUCUAGAAGCUAGCAGCAAGGAGUUUUCAGCCGCCGGACGGCAAGACCUGACCAACAAGGCCGAAGGAGAACGUAAAGUCGUCGAGGAAUAUGCUGGACAGAUCGAGACCGUGAGCGACGAGGAGAUACGAGCUGCUAUCGAGGAGGCAAUUGCGGAGCUCAAGGCUAGCAGCGAGAAAAUCGUUAUCGGCACCAUCAUGAAGAAAGUGCUCACGGGUGGUGGACCUUUAGAUGGAAAGCCUGCUGGUAAAACUACCGUUGCUAAGAUUGCUGGAGACCUGAUCAAGGCAUUGGAGCAGAAGUGA